UGAUUUCGAAACAUCACAUUCCAAUUAUACUUGGCUUGACAAUUGCAACAACUUGACAUAUAAACCUCAAAUUGUUUGUACCAUUGGUUCAGUGUCAAUUUUCAAAUCAACAUUGUCGAUUGGUAGGGCUUCUGAUGCUAGUGCUAAUGCUAGAGCUUCUGCGACGGCAUGAAAUGCCAAGAUUAUAUUAAUACAACUGUAGGUGAAUCAAGUAUUCACGGUUGCCCGUACUUGGUUAAACACGCACUGCAUUGGUUGGAGAAGAUUUUCUGGGGUGUAAUCAUUAUAGCAGCAGCCUAUUGGUCCUUCAAUAUUUGCUACACUCAAUGGGAACGUUUUCGCGAUAAUCCUAUCAUUUUAGCCACGGAGUUAACGUGGGGUAAACUCAAUUAUCCUUUUGUUGGCAUAACAUUGUGUUUCAAUUACACUGAUGAGGAGGCUAUUGCACACGUUAUCAAGGACACCUGGGCCGUUACACCAGAAGAUCGAGAUUCAUAUCAGUAUUAUUUCGAAUUUUUAAAAACCAUUAAUCACCUUACCGUUGCUAAAUUAUCAACUCUAGAACCUUACAGAAAUGAUGAUAAAUUGAAAAACUUGGAUUUUGUGCAAAUUUUGUUGCAGGUGAAUAGCGCAAUAGAAACAUUAGAUAAGAGUAGAAUUCAAAUUGAUUUGAAAUCUUUUGCUUCUCAAGUUGAAAGGUAAAGGUCUGCCUAAGAGAGAUACAAAAACUGUAGAAAAGAAAACAGAUAAAAACGCACAAG